AUGAUUUAUCAAUAUCAUAUGAUUUCCGGCCCGGCCGCGUUAUCAGAUAAGAUGGAUGAGUCAGCCACUCCGCGCUUACGUUGCGAUGGCAUCCCGAUCCGCUUCCGAUCCCGUCGAUCGACCAGCCCCCCUGCUCGUCCUGCUCGUCCCUCCUUGCGGCCAAUUCCUUCCAUCCGUCCCUGCAAUCCUCCCGCGGAGGAUGCGGUUUGCCUCGACGACGAUCCGGGUUCGACGCGCCUCGUGGCGUUGAUCACGACCCCUGCUCCUCCUUGCCCGCCAUCCAGGGCCGCAUCCCCGCCUCACGCGAGCCGCCGACCCGUCCGUCCGGGAGGAAUUCAAAAGAAGAGAUUGCAAUUUGUCUGUUCGACGAAAAUGGGAGCCUCUGGCUCACCACCUCUCAACCGGCGGCGGUCCUCCACGCAGCAUUACCACACCUUCGCUACCCCUCCUCCCAAGUCGCGUGGCCGUCCUCAGUCCGGCCAGUCCGCCUCCUCCCACGAUGGCUCGUCGACCCUGCUCAAUGACGGAACGGAGAGUUCGUCUGAAGCGCCGCUGCCCAAGAAGCAGAUGGCCGUGCUGGCCAUGAUCGCGCUCGCCGAGCAGACCGCCCUGAACUCGAUCAGUCCGUAUCUCCCUGACAUGGCGUCCACGUUUCCCGAGGUCGACGGCCGCGAUGUCGGUGUCUAUGUCGGAACCAUUGCCUCCGCAUUCGCCCUCGCGCAAUUCGCAACCAACUAUUUCUGGGGUUGGCUGUCAGAUCGGGUGGGCCGAAAGCCCGUGAUACUCGUCGGGACCAUCUCCACGGCCGCUUGCUUCGUGGCGUUUGGCUUCUGCAGGACGCUGUGGCAGGCCGUCCUGGUCCAGGCCUUGAUGGGCAUGGUCAAUGGCAACCAGGGCUUGGUGUCGACCUGUCUGGGGGAGAUCACGAACCGGAGCAACCAGUCGCGCGCGUUUACCUAUCUGCCAGUGCUCUACGGCAUUGGAGGCAUUACGGGGCCCGUUUUGGGCGGCUCGUUGGUCUUCAAGCACAACCCGUUCGACAGGAAAAGACCGAAUCCGUAUCCUUAUCUACUACCGAAUCUGGUGUCUGCCAUCAUCCUGAUGAUCGACUUUACCCUGACGAGUCUCUUUCUGAAAGAGAGUCUUGAGGAGGCGGAGUCGCUCCCCAAGUUCACCCAGAAAGUGCGAGAUCUGUUUAGUUGGCUGUGGCAGUUUACCAGCUCGCACCGGCCCACGUAUUUGCGGGCUAGUCACCGCUAUCAGCCGAUUCCUACGCGGCCUCGUUCGUCCAGCGACGCAACCCGAGACAGCGAGCUGGACUCGGCGUCGGAGGCCUCUGCGCCGAUUCACCAUCACGAGGAGCUGACCCGGGAGGAAAUCUUCAAUCGCGAUACGGUGCUGCUAUUGACCACGUACCUGAUCUUUGCGUUGGUCAAUGUCUCGUUCAAUUCGCUAUACCCGAUCUUCGCCCAGGCGCCGGAGCCGGUCGGGAGGUCGCUUACCCCGCAGGAAAUCGGUCUCUCGCUGGGGUUCUCCGGGGUGGUGACGAUCAUCUUCCAGAUCUGCAUCUUCGGCAAGCUGCGGGACAAGAUGGGGAACAAGUGGUCCUACCGCGCCGGUCUGCUGGGAUUCGUCAUCUCCUUCAUCCUCAUGCCGCUCAUUGGAUACAAGAGCAAGAAGGAGGGUCAUCUCACGGGGAAGUCGGUGCUGCUGGCCGUAGAGCUCUGCUUUGUGCUAUUGAUCAAGACCGUUUCUGCAGUGGGCGGUCUGACCAGCGCACUAUUACUCGUAACAAACUCCGCCCCCAACCACUCCGUCCUCGGGGCCCUAAACGGCCUAGCCCAGACCCUCUCCGCCGCCGGCCGCGCCGCCGGCCCGUUCCUAUCAGGCGGUCUGUUCUCACUCGCCUCCAAGUUCGGCAAGAGAGGCGAGCUCCUCGCGUUCGGCGUCUUUGGCGCCGUCGCCUUUGUCGGCUUCGUCCUCAGUUUCGGCAUCCGGUCGCCGAAUCUGGAGGCGCAGGGCUGGACCAGCGAUGACGGUGACGAUGACGACGACGAGGAGGAGCAGGAUAAGUCGGAUGAAGAGGAUGGCUACAGUGCUUGA